AUGCAUUUGAUAAGGGUGCCAUGCUCCUCCGCCAACAUCGGCCCUGGCUUUGAUGUGAUCGGCCUGGCACUAUCAAUGCACCUGGAACUGAGAGUGAGCAUCGACCGUAACGCUCCAUCAACACCUGACAACCCACUGAACUGCACGGUAAGCUACUCAGGCGUCGGGGCGGAUAGCAUCGACCUGAACCCGGAGAACAACCUCUUGACCCGGACGGCGCUAUAUGUCCUCCGGUGCCACAAUCAGCACCACUUCCCAGGCCAGACGUCGGUGCACAUCAGCAACCCGAUUCCACUGGGUCGAGGAUUGGGCUCGUCCGGCGCCGCCGUCGUCGCAGGUGUUCUGCUCGGCAACGUCGUGGGAGACCUCAACCUCUCAAAACCGAGACUCCUCGACUUCGCGCUGAUGGUUGAGCGGCACCCAGAUAACGUCGCCGCGGCGUUGUACGGCGGCUUCGUCGGCACGUACCUCAACGAGCUCGAUCCGCAGGACAUGGCACGCAAGGAGGUCCCGCUCUCAGAAGUGCUCCCAGAACCCGCUGGAGGCAUCGACACCGGACUGACGCCGCCCAUCCCGCCCGAGAACAUCGGCCACUAUCGCCGUUUCAACUGGGCCAAGGAAAUCAAAGCCUUGGCCAUCAUCCCGGAUUUCGAGGUCAGCACAGCGAAGGCCCGGGAGGUGCUGCCCAAAUCCUACUCGAGACAAGACAUGAUCUUCAACCUCCAGCGCCUCGCUCUUCUCACCACAGUUCUCUCCGACAGCCCUCCGGACCCAGAAUUGAUUUACUCAGCCAUGCAAGACAAGAUCCACCAACCCUACCGGGCAACUCUCAUUCCCGCACUACCGGCGAUAUUAUCUUCAAUGUCGCCGAAAACGCACAAGGGGUUGUUGGGGAUAUGUCUCUCUGGUGCGGGACCAACAAUACUGGCGCUUGCGACCGAGAAUUUUGAGGCGAUUGCUGAUGUCAUCAUGGCGAGAUUCAAGGAUGAAGGCAUUUCGUGCCAGUGGAAGAUCCUGGAGCCUGCGGAAGAUGGUGCGACACUACAAGAAGUCCCCGGUGAUGUUGAAACAUACCGUAUAGAAAUUGGUAGCAAAUGA